UACUAGUUCUCAUCUUUGAACCAUUGAAAAAAGAAGCAAAUAAAAACCAUUUCGUCGAUAGUUUCCCAAUCAAUGGCUUUUGCAGUGGUAGAUGGUCUCAUGCCUGAUGCAUUAAGGCAGAGUCGGUACCAUAUGAAGAGAUGCUUUGCCAGGUUUACUAGCAUGGGACCGAGGCUGAUGAAACACCAGCAUUUGAUGGAAGAGAUGGAGAGUGUAAUCGUGGACAGGGCUGACAGAGCCAAGGUUUUGGAGGUAUCACUCGGUGAAAUCCUGAGUUCCACACAGGAAGCGGCUGUUGUACCGCCUUAUGUUGCUUUUGCAGUGAGAUACGGUUCUGGAUGCUUCGACUAUGUUAAGGUGAAUGCCGAGGAUCUAUCAGCUAAUAAUAUUACUGCAACCGAAUACCUGAGACUAAAAGAAAUGAUCUACGAUGAAAACUGGUCAAAGGAUGAAAAUGCUCUGGAACUAGAUUUUAGAGCAUUUGACUUUGGUAUUCCACGUCUGGCACUCACUUCUUCAGUUGGCAAGGGAAUUAGCUACAUCUCAAAGUUCAUGGCUUCAAAGUUCAUUGGUGAUCCUGAGAGUGCUAAACCAUUGGUCGAAUACUUGCUAACUCUUAAUCACCAAGGAGAGAAUCUGAUGAUCAAUGACACCCUGAACACGGUGACAAAGCUUCGAACAGCACUGAUUGUUGCUGAAGUUUUUCUCUCUUCCAUGGCAAAAGACACACCUUAUCAAAACUUCGAGCAGAGGCUUAAAGAGUUUGGUUUUGAGAAAGGUUGGGGGGAUACUGCAGAAAGAGUCAAGGAAACAAUGAGGAUGCUUUCUGAGAUACUUCAGGCUCCAGAUCCCCUAAACGUGGAAUCACUUUUCAGCAGGCUUCCAGUUAUUUUCAACGUUGUAAUCUUCUCCAUUCAUGGGUACUUUGGCCAAUCAGAUGUCCUAGGUUUGCCCGAUACUGGAGGCCAGGUAGUCUACAUUCUGGACCAAGUAAAAGCUCUAGAGGAAGAAUUACUUUCAAGAAUCAAGCAACAAGGCUUGAAUGUGAGGCCUCGAAUUCUAGUGGUCACUCGUCUCAUACCAGACGCACAAGGCACAAAGUGUAAUCAGGAGAUUGAGCCUAUCAUUAACGCCAAACACUCCCAUAUUGUUCGUGUCCCUUUUCAAACUGAGAAAGGGGUUCUCCGCCAGUGGAUUUCACGAUUUGAUAUAUAUCCGCAUUUGGAGAGAUUUGCCCAGGAUGCUGCUGAAAAGGUCCUAGAACUACUGGAAGGUAAACCAGACCUUAUCAUUGGGAACUACACAGAUGGAAACUUAGUCGCAUCUCUAAUGGCCAGAGAGCUUGGAGUAACUCUGGGAACAAUUGCUCAUGCACUUGAGAAAACCAAAUAUGAAGAUUCUGAUAUCAAAUGGAAGGAAUUUGAUCAAAAGCACCAUUUUUCUUGCCAAUUCACUGCUGAUUUAAUAGCAAUGAAUGCUGCCGAUUUUGUAGUUACCAGCACAUUUCAAGAGAUUGCUGGAAGUAAAACCAGGCCUGGACAAUAUGAAAGCCAUACGGCAUUCACAAUGCCAGGGCUGUAUCGAGUAGUUUCAGGCAUCGAUGUCUUUGACCCAAAAUUCAACAUUGCUGCUCCUGGAGCUGAUCAAUCUGUCUACUUCCCCUUUUCUGAGAAAAAGAAGCGAUUCACCUCGUUUCAUCCCGCCAUCGAGGAGCUACUGUACAGUAAAGACAACAACGCUGAGCAUAUUGGAGUUCUUGCAGACCGGAAGAAACCAAUAAUCUUUUCAAUGUCAAGAAUUGACAAAGUGAAGAAUAUUACAGGACUGACAGAAUGGUAUGGAAAGAACAAGAGGCUCCGAGAUUUGGUAAACCUCGUUAUUGUUGGGGGAUGUUUCGAUCCUUCCAAGUCUAAAGAUAGGGAAGAAAUGGAAGAAAUUAAGAAGAUGCAUACUUUAAUUGAGAAAUACCAACUCAAGGAUCAAAUGAGAUGGAUUGCAGCUCAGACUGAUAGAAACAGGAAUGGUGAACUUUACCGAUGCAUUGCUGACACAAAGGGAGCUUUUGUUCAGCCUGCAUUGUAUGAAGCCUUUGGAUUGACAGUAAUUGAGGCCAUGAAUUGUGGAUUACCUACUUUUGCCACCAUUCAAGGAGGACCGGCUGAAAUAAUUGUGGAUGGAGUCUCAGGCUUUCACAUUGAUCCUUACAAUGGUGAUGAGACAAGCAACAAGAUUGCUGAUUUCUUUGCAAAGUGUAGGAAACAAUCUGGACACUGGAACAGAACGUCUGAAGAGGGCCUCAGGCGCAUAUAUGAAUGCUAUACAUGGAAUAUCUAUGCAAAGAAAGUCCUAAAUAUAGGAUCCACCUAUGGCUUCUGGAGGCAAUUCAAGAAGGAACAAAAGAAUGCUAAGCUUAGAUACAUUGAUCUGUUCUACAAUCUGCAGUUCAAGAAGAUGGCUCAGGACAUGGCCAUCAAAAGUGAAGAAAGCCAACAAAUUCCACCGACAGAAACUGCACAGCCCGAACAACCAAAAGAAGAAGCAGCUCCCAAACAACCAGAAUCAGCACCAGAAGCACUAAAAGAAGUCCUUCCAGAACCAAGCAUAGUUGAGGAGGCUGAAAAAGAUAAAGAGCGGCAGAAGCAGCUUGAUGAAAGUAUUACAAGAACUGAACCUGCAUCAUGUCCCUACUGCAGUUGGCUGUGCUUAUGCAUCUCUACUUCUAUCUUACUUUAUGCCUUGAUAAAGUUGUAUGGUGGAUUAAAUGACGGUGCAUCUUCUACGCAAAAUCCAUGAUUCGGUGUCACAAUUCCGUCUUCAAUUGUAAACUAAAUAAACUAAUCAAUCAUAUUCAAUGCCAACAAUAGUGUUUGAUUUCC